UGCGGGGCGGGGCGGGCGGUCCCCCUGCCCAUCCACCGCCUCCGCCCCCCGCCCCGUGACUCGGCUGCCUCCCGCGGGCGGCGGCGGCUGCCGGGCGGUGUCGUGCGGCCCCCCGCGCCCGGGCGGGGGACUAUGAAGCACCAUGGUGUGGUGUGACCGUGGCGUCCAGAUGCUGCUGACCACGGUGGGCGCCUUCGCCGCCUUCAGCCUCAUGGCCAUCGCCAUCGGCACCGACUACUGGCUCUACUCCAGCGCCCACAUCUGCAACGGCACCAACAUCACGGCGGACGAAGCGCAGGGGCCGCCGAAGAAGGCGCGGGGCGACCUCACGCACUCGGGGCUCUGGAGGAUCUGCUGCCUCGAAGGAAUCUACAAAGGACAUUGCUUUCGAAUCAACCACUUCCCUGAAGACAAUGACUAUGACCAUGACAGCUCAGAAUACCUUCUCCGCAUUGUCCGUGCCUCCAGUGUGUUCCCCAUCCUAAGCACAAUAUUGCUGUUGCUGGGAGGACUCUGUAUCGGAGCAGGAAGGAUUUACAACAGUAAAAAUAACAUUAUUCUCAGCGCUGGGAUUCUCUUCGUUGCAGCAGGACUAAGUAAUAUCAUAGGGAUCAUUGUCUACAUAUCAAGCAAUGCAGGUGAUCCAAGUGACAAGCGAGAUGAGGACAAAAAGAACCAUUACAACUAUGGUUGGUCUUUUUAUUUUGGAGCCUUGUCUUUUAUCGUGGCCGAAACCAUAGGUGUUCUGGCUGUGAACAUUUAUAUUGAGAAGAACAAAGAGCUGAGGUUUAAGACCAAGAGGGAAUUCCUUAAGACUUCUUCCAGUUCUCCUUACGCCAGGAUGCCAAGUUAUAGGUACAGGAGGCGGAGGUCCAGAUCCAGUUCUCGAUCUACAGAACCUUCUCCGUCUAGAGACAUUUCUCCAGUUGGCAUGAAGAUAGCAGGCACCAUUCCCAUGAACGAAAUUUCCAUGUACACUCUUUCCAGAGAGCCUUUGAAGGUGACAACGGCUGCCAGUUAUAAUGCAGACCAGGAAGCCAGUUUUCUGCAGGUUCACAACUUCCUUCAGAAGGAAUUUAAGGAAGGACUCCAUGUUAACAUGGUCAACAGGAGAACAACGCCUGUUUGAAGUACCUUCCUCCCUCAAGCUUUUUGAAGAAAUAUCAAAGCAGAAUGGAUCUGUCAUAAAAGAGAAGGAGUGAUGUUAAAAUACCCUCUCACCUCUUUAAUUGUGGCAUGCGUUAAGGUAGCAAGUGGAGAUCCUCUGGACCAACAUAAAGAUAUUACACGCUCUUAGCUUUUUUUGAAGCUAUUCGGAGUUUGUUUCUUUCAGUUCUUGGUGUCAUGAGAUGAAGGCAGUUCAUGUUCCUGCACUUUUGUAGUGUGUACAAAGUCUUGGAGAAACUGCAAAGGACUUGCCACCAGUGUGUUUAAAGGAUUACAGAAAAAUUGUUGUAUGACCUUUUUUUUUUUCCUAAUAUUGAGAUCCCUUAAUACAAACUUGCCGAUAUAAUUUAUAAUCAAGCCCAAGGAUGAAUACCGACUACUCAUCAAGUGAGCCACUUCCCUUUGACACAGCGUAAACUUUGCCUCUUUCAAAAAAAAAAAAAGAAAAAAGAAAAAAAAAGAAAAUAUUUUUGAAGGCAACACUUUCUAAA